AAGUUUCCCCUUAAUAUCAAGGACCUUAAAGUGAUGAUUGAACAUAUAAUAGAAAUGUUCUGGAAUCAGCAGAAGAUCCUGGAUUCAAUGGAAUGAUGAUGAUCAUGAACACACACAGGUGUUCUUCAUUGUUCUGUGAGGCAGACCAAUCACAUUAAAGCUUUCCGUUGUGGGGGUCCUCGGUCUCCAGUUUCACUAGAGGAGCAGUGAUAUCCCUUUUUAGUGUGUUUGCUUGAUUCAGAGCUAAAAACACAACAUUUUGUCAGAGGAACUUAUGGAGGAAAUGACCUGUGACUCUCCUCCACCCUACCCCCACCUCACAAAUGAACACGCAUAACCACACAUGCAUUAAAAUAGUGCAAGUGUGGCUUUUAGUCGCUUUUUUAAAAACUAGUUCACAAAUGGGGUUUACUGCAAACUAAAAUAAAAUGUUAUACCAGAAAAAUAAAUUUAGGAGAGCACAUAAAAUAUAGCAUUUUUAAAGCAAUUAAAUGCUUUCCACUCAUUAAAAAAACACAAAAAAUGGGUUUGACAAUAAAAAAAAUAAUAAUUUAAGAAAAAAUGAACAUUUGAUGUAUUUACAAAAGGGUGUAGAGACAGAUCUCUUCAGGGAGAGGAAGUCAAGGCGUGUGAUGGUCUUUAAAGGGAAGUGGAAAUCAUCGGUAAAGAGCAAGAGCCUUGUUUUAGUGACAUGCACUGUGAAAAAGACGCCGCUCAAGCCAAGCGUGGUGAGAUCAAAUGCGCUUCCUUUUCUUAAGUAUUCAUUUUUCUGCACAUUUUUUAGGAUGUAAAACUUCUCUCCGUGAAUGUUAUUUAGUUUUUUCCUGCUUAAUUUCAAGAUUUUUGUUUGAUUCCUUUAUAUUUAUGCAUUUGUUGUGUACCAAAGCUCCUUUUUUUUUAAAUGAAAGAUGCUGAAAAGCUCAUUACAUCUGCUUAUUUGAAUCAACUUUUUCUUCAGAAUUUGCCCUCUGGAUCGUAGCAGCACCAUGGCUUGUGCCGAUGUUGACAUGGACAUCCAGGUUGACCAGGAGCCUUCAGGAGCCGGACGGAGAGAAGCGCCUCCUCCCCCCGAUUUGGCCCAGUAUUAUCAAGCUACAGCGAUGGUCAAAGAUGAAGGACAACGCAGGGCGAUGAAACAAAAGCAUUCUGUUUAUGGGUCGAUGCAGAUAGCGACCGGCCUCUUCAGCAUCGCAGUGGGGAUCCUUAGCGCCGUAACCAAGGAGAUAACCUAUUCCUACAUGACCAUGUUCAGACUCUCAUACCUGACUGGAGUACUCUUCCUCUUUGUUGGAGUCACUUCCAAUAUGUUGCACAAAUUUCCCGCAUUGAGGAGCAUGGUCAUCAUGGCAAACUUGGGCAGCAUUGCUGUAGCGAUCAUUGCAGUUUGCCUGAUAAGUGUUGACCUGGCUUAUGGGCGGUUUUAUUACGAUCUGUACAUGAGGAUGGAGUUGCUGGAACUGCUGGUGUUGUGUUUCGAAGUUUUCUUAUCUGCAGCUCUGUGUUACUGCUUCUCGAAACAGAAACGUGCCAAAUCCCCAUGAUGCCCUUCAAAACGCAUCUUCAACUUCACCAAGAAAGCGGAAUUAAAGGUGUCUUUUUCAAGAUACCAGUGUAUAUAAACGUGCUAGAAAACGAGCCAUCAAUUAGAAGAUUGAAGUGUGAAGUUGAGAGGUUGGGCCGUGGAAGCGCUGUGAACGUGUGGCUUUUUGUUUUGUCUGUGCUGCAUGCACACGCUGGCCCUAAAAGCCUCGCUGUGUGCUCUGGGCUGUGGUUUGAGGUGUGAUGUUCGACUCGGGACUGCAAACACAGGAGCUGUGGUGAAGAGACGUCAACUCCUCUCAUGUGAAGACGAAACCACACCGCUUCCUCGCAUACCUCCAGUCCUCUUCAUGUAACGGUGAUCGCUUGUGUGACAGCCAGCAGGUCUGCUUUUCUGUUAGCAUGGGGGGGGGUCCUGUGCAUGUGGUUGUACUUUUUUACUUUAUCAGUGGAAAUAUCACCUUCUAUAAUCAGCAGAAACUCUGAGAAAGCGCCACUAGACCAGAAGACAGGGUUUUUAAAGACGCUUAGAAAAUAAAUGUUGCUUUUUUUUUAAGAAGAAGAAUGAUUUCAAUUUAGUGUUUAGAAGAUUUUAUUUACAGAUUUAUCAGGACAGACCAAAGACACAAGAAACGAUCCGGUUCUCGUUUGGUCGGCUGUAUAAAA